AUGGCUUCUCUCCCUUCCCGCGGCCCCGUAACUCCUCGGGCGGCGGGAAGAGCGGGAUUCCCGCCGGGGUUUUCCUCUCCGCCGGGAGCCCCGGCGCCGCGCUCCCCGUCGGAGCUGCGGGACGGGCGGGGAAUCGCGCCGCGCUGUCGCUCUCUCGUGCUGCUCUGCACCCAAGAGCCGGCACCUUGGAGAGUGGGCUCCGGUGCUCCGGGUUACGAUCGACUCGGCAAGAGCCGCUUUAUGGUGAAACAGUUAAUGGAUUCUGCACAAACAGCAAGUAACAAACUCCUGGGAAGCUUCAACCUGCAAUCAGUUUUGGAUCCUGAAGUGGAGCAGCUGCAGAGAAGCAGCCCAUUUCUUGGAUGGGAGACAUUUAAGGACUUGUAUAGUUUAAAUUACUAUAAUGAAUAUGUACCUGUGGCAGGUGACUUAAAAAAAGUUGUUCACCAAGUAGAGGAAGCUGCUCAGAAGGACAGGGGGGGAACAGGAAAUGCAAAUCCCAUGGAAUCAAGCAGCUACCUUUGGGCCAGGUAUCCCAGAAGAAAACGGGAGUCUCUGGGUUUGGCAGGAAUGUGUUGCAAAUGGGGCUGUACAAAAGCUGAAAUUAGUACUAUAUGCAGAGUUUAAAAUCCUCUCUACACUUAUGCAUGAAAUCAGUGUUUGUUGCAGUAAUAGAUUGAUUACUUCAUGGAGGAAAAAACUCUUGCUGUAUUUUAUC